GCCCCCGUCUCUGUGGCGGUCCCUCCGUCUGGACCAAUCACUUCCGGUUUGGGCCUAGAAGGUUUUUGGGGAACCGUUGGUGGCGGGGGAGGGUGUGCGUUUGUGCGCUCGCGCGUGAGUUCUCGUGGUGGCGAUUGUCAUGGCAGCGGCUGGGGGUCCCGGCGCGGGCGAAGGGGCCUCCGCUUCCGCCGCCGACGAAGGCGGCGGGGGUGGAGACAGGGGGAGCCCCCCCGGCUCGGACCCACGACGCCUGGGGCCGGGGGGGCGAGAAGAAGAGGAGGCGCCGGGACAAGGCAGCGCGGGAGGGGCGACCGGCCAAAACCUCCCGCCCUCGUCGCCGCCCCCCCGCGAGGCCGAGGUCACCGUGGAGAUCGGAGAGACCUACCUUUGUCGGCGAGGGGACGGGACGUGGCACUCUGCAGAGGUGAUCCAGUCUCGAAUCAAUGAGCAAGAAAACAGGGAAGAGUUCUAUGUGCACUAUGUUGGAUUCAACCGCCGUCUGGAUGAGUGGGUGGAUAAGAACCGCCUGGCCCUCACCAAGACCGUCAAAGAUGCAGUGCAGAAGAACACUGAUCAGUACAUGAACGAGCUCUCUGAGCAGCCAGAACGCAAGAUCACUCGCAACCAGAAGCGCAAACAUGACGAGAUCAACCAUGUGCAAAAGACUUACGCUGAGAUGGAUCCCACAACAGCAGCUUUGGAGAAAGAACACGAAGCCAUCACCAAGGUGAAAUAUGUGGACAAGAUACAUAUCGGGAACUAUGAGAUUGAUGCUUGGUACUUCUCACCUUUCCCCGAAGACUACGGGAAACAGCCCAAGCUGUGGAUCUGCGAGUACUGCCUCAAGUAUAUGAAGUUUGAGAAGACUUACCGCUAUCACCUUGGACAGUGUCAGUGGAGGCAGCCACCAGGGAAAGAGAUCUACCGCAAGAAUAAUAUCUCAGUGUAUGAGGUGGAUGGCAAAGAUCACAAGAUUUACUGCCAGAAUUUGUGUCUCUUGGCCAAGCUGUUCCUGGACCAUAAGACCCUCUAUUUUGACGUGGAGCCCUUUGUCUUCUAUAUCCUCACCGAGGUCGACAGGCAAGGGGCCCACAUCGUGGGCUACUUUUCCAAGGAGAAAGAAUCGCCAGAUGGCAACAACGUGGCCUGCAUCCUCACCUUGCCACCAUACCAGAGGCGGGGUUAUGGGAAGUUCCUCAUUGCUUUCAGCUACGAACUCUCAAAGCUGGAAAGCACUGUGGGCUCCCCAGAGAAGCCCCUCUCAGAUCUGGGCAAGCUGAGCUACCGUAGCUAUUGGUCCUGGGUGCUGCUGGAAAUCCUCCGGGAUUUCCGGGGCACUCUCUCCAUCAAAGAUCUCAGCCAAAUGACAAGCAUCACACAGAAUGACAUCAUCAGUACUUUGCAGUCCCUAAACAUGGUCAAGUACUGGAAGGGACAACAUGUCAUCUGCGUCACCCCCAAGCUGGUUGAAGAACACCUCAAAAGUGCCCAGUAUAAGAAGCCUCCCAUCACAGUUGAUUCCCUCUGCCUGCGAUGGGCGCCGCCCAAACACAAACAAGCCAAGAUUUCCAAGAAGUGAAGGAAGAAUUGACUGAAAAAAGCACUAAGCUUCAGUGCAUAUCCACCCUUCGUUCUAAAGAGAUGUUCUAAGGUGAAGCAUCUGUGUUGGUCUUGUAUUGAUAAGACAUGCUUGGAACAGAGAGACCAGGGGUCAUGGAGAGGAGAAGGCUUCACUACAGUGUAGGUAGCCCACCUAUACCCUCUUCUGUCCUGCUUGGCAAACUCCUCCCUUGCCAGCCUGAAACAUUGCUUUGCUGGUUAACAAAACUGGUGUCCUCUGUUGUAGCAGGGAGUGGGAAUUCACCCACUUUCUUGUAUUAUUCCUUAUUGGGCCAGAGAUGUAGCCAGUUUCUCAGCUACUCUAUGGAAAGUCUGCGAGCUUCUUCCCACCUCCGGAAUUAAGUAAGUCAUACACCGUGGAAGAUUAGUUGUAGAUCAAAAGGGGACUAGCAAGCAAACAUGUGCCUGAAUGCAUUGUCCAGAUGUUUGGGGAAAUUGGUCAACAGAUUUGGUAGGUAAUGUUGGUUGGCAGUAGCGACUGUUUCCAAGGAGUACUAAUUUACAAGCAGGAAAGGAAAAUAGUUUAUCCAGCAACAAUGCCCACUAGUGUAAUGUUCAUGCUCAAAUUGUUAAAAGCUGUAUAACUUUUGCUCUAAGAGUACAAAACUCCGUUUCAAGGGAAGCCCUCAGUUGUGACUUCUGAUGCAAGAAGUCUUGGUCUAUCCAAAAAAAAAAUGUCCCACCGGUUUUUUAGGUCUGGCAAAGAGGUUUUCCCAGCGUUUCAAACCACACAGCUGCUGCCAGCAGCCUUGGAAAAAGAGACUGGAAGGAUUUACAGUUUAGUUUGCCUUGUUUCCUAGAUAGUUAGGCAGUUGGCCUUUCCCUAAGAUAGUAUUGGCAGCAAGAGUCUACACUUGGGUCUCACUUGAAGAGUAGCUUCCCAAGGCAGAUGCAGCAACUAAAAUAUCAUUGUUCCACUUCCACUGCUGAGCUUGUGUGAACUGUGGAGGGGCAGCUAAAAUGAAACCUGGCCUUUAGCUUAUUGUAGGGGAUCUGGGCUGUUUCCUACCACCCACUCCCAAAUUCAGUAGAAAAGCUAUAUAUGAAAAGGAACAAAGUGGAGAGGGAGGAGCACUCUGACUUUGCAUUGUUGCGACAACAUGCAAGUUAGAGAAAAUUGUGUUACUUCAUGGGGGUUUUUUGUUUGUUUGUUUUAAUCCUGACAUAGCUGCCCUAUGUUGUGUGUACUGCAUUAUCAGGUGAUAAAAUAAGGGUUUUCCUCCCAAAAGAGACAAGUCUCUGUAGCUCAGCAAUGCUGAAAGAGACGGAAGCCACUGUUCUUCAUACAGCUUUCUUUUUAUCACACUGUUUUGACAUUGGCACCAGUGCUGUUGGCAGGAGUGUGGACUUGCAUGGAGGACUUCUGGAAGAAACAGCCAUUGAGUUUGGUGGUCUUGCUACAGCUAUUGGAGUCAGACUCCACAUAUGCAGUGUUUUCUGUUAUUUUAAAAAGUAUUUUAAUUAAUAAAAACCACAAAACGAGUGCAGUAUCACUGUGUAGUAACAUGUGAGCUACAUUGUUUUAUAGUGCUGGCACGAGGGCAAGUCCAAUUUGCCUCAUCAUGAGACCACUUGAGAGCUUCGGCUCUUCUGAGAAUAAAACUUGUAAGAGAUUUGAACGUUA